AUGCACCAAAUGAGUUGGACGAUGCACUUUAUAGCUUUUUUUGCACUGUUGCUAUUCUCUUUCAACGGAGACGUGCUGGGCAAGAAUUUGAAAUACAGGAUUUAUGAGGAACAGAGGGUUGGCUCAGUCAUUGCGAGACUCUCUGAGGAUGUGGCUGAUAUUUUAUUUAAGCUCCCCAAUCCUUCUAUGGUGAGGUUCCGAGCCAUGCAGAGGGGAAAUUCUCCUCUACUCACAGUUCGAGAGGAUAAUGGGGAGAUCAGCAUUGGGGCAAAAAUUGACCGGGAACAACUCUGCCAGAAGAACUUGAACUGCUCCAUUGAGUUUGAUGUGAUCACUCUCCCCACCGAACAUCUGCAGCUUUUCCACAUUGAAGUGGAAGUGCUGGAUAUCAAUGACAAUUCCCCCCAGUUUUCCCGACCUCUCAUCCCCAUUGAGAUCUCAGAGAGCGCAGCUGUAGGGACUCGGAUCCCCUUGGACAGCGCGUUCGAUCCAGAUGUUGGGGAGAACUCUCUCCACACGUACUCUCUCUCUGCUAAUGACUUUUUUAAUAUCGAGGUGAGGACGAGGACGGAUGGGGCGAAAUAUGCGGAGCUCAUAGUGGUGAGAGAACUGGAUAGGGAGCUGAAGUCCAGCUAUGAACUCCAGCUCACCGCCUCUGACAUGGGAGUGCCUCAGAGGUCUGGAUCCUCCAUCCUCAAAAUAAGCAUUUCGGACUCUAAUGACAACAGUCCUGUUUUUGAGAAGCAAUCUUAUGUAAUACAGCUCUUGGAGAACUCCCCAGUGGGGACUUUGCUCCUCGACCUGAAUGCCACUGAUCCAGAUGAGGGCGCUAAUGGGAAAAUUGUGUAUUCCUUCAGCAGUCAUGUGUCUCCCAAAAUUAUAGAGACUUUUAAGAUUGAUUCGGAAAGAGGUCAUUUGACCCUUUUCAAGCAAGUGGACUAUGAGACCACCAAGUCCUAUGAAAUUGAUGCUCAGGCUCAGGACAUGGGUCCCAAUUCAAUUCCUGCUCAUUGCAAAAUCAUCAUUAAGGUUGUGGAUGUGAAUGACAAUAAGCCUGAAAUUAACAUAAACCUGAUGUCUCCUGGCAAAGAGGAAAUAUCUUAUGUUUUUGAAGGGGAUCCCAUUGACACAUUUGUCGCCCUGGUCAGAGUACAAGACAAAGAUUCUGGACUGAAUGGAGAAAUAGUUUGCAAACUUCAUGGACAUGGUCACUUUAAACUUCAGAAGACCUAUGAGAACAAUUAUUUGAUCUUGACUAAUGCCACACUGGACAGAGAAAAGAGAUCCGAAUAUAGUUUGACUGUAAUUGCUGAGGACAGGGGAACCCCCAGUCUCUCAACAGUGAAACAUUUCACUGUCCAAAUAAAUGAUGUAAAUGACAAUCCACCCCAUUUUCAGAGAAGCCGAUAUGAAUUUGUCAUCUCUGAGAAUAAUUCUCCAGGGGCAUAUAUCACUUCUGUCACAGCCACGGAUCCUGACUUAGGAGAAAAUGGACAGGUCACCUAUACUAUUUUGGAGAGUUUUAUCUUGGGAAGUUCUAUAACUACAUAUGUAACCAUUGACCCAUCUAAUGGCGCCAUCUACGCCCUCAGAAUCUUUGAUCACGAAGAAGUAAGUCAGAUUGCUUUUGUGGUUGAAGCAAGGGAUGGAGGAAGCCCAAAACAACUUGUCAGCAAUACCACAGUUGUGCUCACCAUCAUCGAUGAAAAUGACAAUGUUCCUGUGAUUGUAGGCCCUGCACUUCGCAAUAACACAGCGGAAAUCCCAAUCCCCAAAGGGGCUGAAAGUGGCUUCCAUGUUACCAGAAUAAGGUCUGUAGACCGGGACUCUGGCAUGAAUGCAGAACUCAGCUGCUCCAUAGUAGGAGGAAAUGAAGACAAUAUCUUUGUCAUAGACCCCAAAUCAUGUGACAUCUACACCAAUGUGAGCAUGGAGUCAACUCCAUACACUGAAUGGGAGCUUGCUGUCCUGGUCCAGGAUAAAGGCAGUCCCCAGCUCCAUACCAAAGCAUUUUUGAAGUGUUCAGUUUUUGAGUUUGUCGAAUCAGUGACAAGUACAGCAAUGACUUCAGUUAGUCAGGCCUCUAUGGAUGUCUCUAUGAUAAUCAUUAUCUCCUUGGGAGCCAUCUGUGCUGUCUUAUUGGUCAUCAUGGUCCUCUUUGCAACCCGGUGCAACAGAGAGAAGAAGGACAACCGGUCCUACAAUUGUAGAGUGGCUGAAUCUACUUAUCAGCACCAUCCAAAACGACCCUCCAGGCAGAUUCACAAAGGAGAUAUUACUCUAGUGCCUACAAUUAAUGGCACCUUGCCCAUUAGAUCCCAUCACAGGUCAUCCCCUUCUUCAUCUCCCACCCUGGAAAGAGGACAGAUGAGCAGUCGACAAAGUCACCACAGCCACCAGUCACUCAACAGCCUGGUGACAAUCUCAUCCAACCAUGUGCCCGAAAAUUUCUCAUUGGAACUCACCCAUGCUACUCCAGCUGUUGAGCAGGUCUCUCAGCUUCUCUCAAUGCUUCAUCAGGGCCAAUAUCAGCCACGACCAAGUUUUCGGGGAAAUAAAUACUCUAGGAGCUAUAGGUAUGCCCUUCAAGAUAUGGAUAAAUUCAGCUUGAAGGACAGUGGCCGGGGUGACAGUGAGGCAGGGGACAGUGAUUACGAUUUGGGUCGUGAUUCUCCAAUAGACCGGCUACUUGGGGAAGGCUUCAGUGAUCUUUUCCUCACUGAUGGAAGAAUUCCUGCAGCAAUGCGGCUUUGCACCGAUGAAUGCAGAGUCCUGGGACACUCGGACCAGUGUUGGAUGCCACCUCUUCCCUCCCCGUCUUCUGAUUAUCGAAGCAACAUGUUCAUUCCAGGGGAAGAAUUUCCAACCCAGCCACAACCCCAGCACCCCCACCAGAGUUUGGAAGAAGACUCCCAGCCCAUCGAUUCCAGUGAAAAAAAGAAGAGUUUUUCCACGUUUGGGAAGGAUGUGCAGAAUGAAGAAGACUCUGGGGACCAAUGCACAUCUUCUUUGCUCUCUGAAAUGAGCAGUGUGUUUCAGCGUCUGUUACCUCCGUCUCUGGACACCUACACUGAGUGCAGUGAGGUGGAUCGGGCCAACUCAUUAGAGCGUCGAAAGGGAACUGUCCCAGCCAAGACUGUGGGUUAUCCACAAGGAGUGGCGGCAUGGGCAGCCAGUACCCAUUUCCAAAAUCCUGCCAACACCACUGGGCCCACCCUGGGGACUCACUCAAGUGUGCAGCCUUCUUCCAAAUGGCUUCCAGCCAUGGAAGAGAUUCCUGAAAACUAUGAGGAAGAUGAUUUUGAUAAUGUACUCAACCAUCUCAAUGAUGGGAAGCAUGAACUCAUGGAUGCCAGUGAGCUGGUGGCAGAGAUUAACAAGCUGCUACAAGAUGUUAGACAGAGCUAGAGAAGUUUGAAAAACAAAAGCAUCUUUUUUUUCCAUUUUUAUGGAAACAAGGAAAGGGGGAAAAAAGACAGAACUGGCAUUGCCAAUUAGUUGCAUUUAUCAUAAAUGUGUCUGUGUAUAUGGAAUAUUAAAUACUGUAUUUUCAUAUGUACACAAUGCAAGUGUGGUUAUCUUAAUCUGUAUUUUAAAAAUACAUUUGUACCUUAUAUUUAUGUGUAAUUUAACAAAUAAAUUUUAUUUUUCUACUCCCAUGGCAAGCAUGUCUUCCCUAAGUAUAUAAAAACCAGCCACUAUUUGAUUCUGGCACAUCGUCCAGACACAAGAGAUGAGGGUACUGCUUCCUAUUGCUUGUUUAUUUUUUUUUUCUUAAUGAGCUUUUUUUUAAAGAGAAAUAAGCGUCUCGUUGCAGAAUCAGCCCCAAUGAAGUAUUAUCCCACCCUCAGCUUUAAUUGUGUUUUAUUGCUGAAUUCUUAGAAUAAUAAAUUGCCAACUUUAGUGAA